AUGGAGGUACAGACUUCGCCGGCCAGUACUUCCCAGUCACACUAUGGAUCAGCACCCAGCCAGGCAUCGCCAAUGGACAUCUCUACCAGUGUUACCGGUAAUACGCAGCGGGUCUUUGAGCUUGAUAAUCGAGAUACCAUUCGCCAGUAUCUGGACACAUACUUUGACAAGUCCGACAUCGCCGACUGUGUCUUUCUUCAUAGAGCUACAACAAUCGCAGAAUGGAGUCAAGGAAAGCUGGAGAAGACUUUACUCAAAGCUGUCUGCGCUUCAGCACUGCGACUUGCACCAACAUAUCACUCGGAAACCUCACCAGCGCAUAAUUGGAUAAAGCAAGUUCAGCAUGAGCUGGUCAAUCAUAUGGGUGACAUGCCAGUACCCAAACUACAAGCUCUCAUGCUUGUAAUUAAGUUCCUCUUCUCCAUGCGUUUCACUGGCGAUGUCUGGGUCCUUCUCUCAAUUGCGUCAAGAGUUGCAUUCACCAAGAGGCUCAACUACGAACGCCCAGCUAUCGAUCCAGUCAAACAAGAAUGUCUCCGGCGAUUGAUGUGGUCUAUUUACUCCGUUGACAAAAUUUUCUCUGGCGGUAUUGAAGAUCUGACUGUUUGUCCAACGCAAAGAAUGCAUAUUCGCUUACCUAGCAGUCAUCAUAACUUUCAGCUUGGCUCAAGAUCAAAAGCGCCGUUUUUACGGAGUAGGAAUGAGAACGAUACAGAUUUGAACGUCCUGGCAUAUUUGAUGCGGCUAUAUGACAUUCGAGAUAGAGUUCUGAGAUACACUAGACAGGUCAUCCUCAGUGGAGCUAGUCCAUAUCUCAGUCGGGGCCAGUUGCGCUCACUGGAUCUGGAACUUACGUCUUUUGAAGAGUCACUGCCAGAUGAACUACAACUCAACGAAAACAGACUGAUGAUAAUGUGUCACUCCGAGGAAGCACGUACAUAUACAACCCUCCAUACAAUUCUGUUCAGUUCUCGUUGCGACCUUCACCGGUUUCUUAUUCCUGGCAUCCGAGAAGCCGUGUCGCCAGAAGCAGUCGGCCAAACGCCACGAGAAUACAUCGACUACUGCCAGCAACAAUGUCUUCAAACUGCAUUGCGAUACAUAUAUAUGUGGUCAAAGGUUCGACAGAUGGAGACUAGUAGUCGUGUCGGCACACCAACGUUUGCAGUAGUGACGUAUCAAUUCGUCAAAAUGGUUGAUCACUUGGCUGCUCUGCUUCCUCUGCAUGGAGAAUCAUCGUUACCAGUAAUCAAGCAGAAGUUCUUGGACAUUUUACUCAUUGUCUCGGGUAGCAGAGCUGAAGUUGGUUGGAUUGGCUCAUGCAUCACCGAUAUCGAAAAUCUUAUACCACGCUUAGGUACUAGACACAUAUCGCCUGGCUCACCUAGUGCGUCGCCCGGUACAAUCCGUUUGCAGGAAAAGUUGCACCGUCGUUCUAAGCAUGCUUUUGCUCCAGACGAUGAAGAGGAGGAAGAUCCCGCUAUCCAACCGCCAGAGUCGAAUAUUAACGAAGAGAUAUCGGGGACUUCCCUUGAGCCCGCAGUACUCGAGAACCCUGCAGUGCAAGAUAUUUGGUCGUUCCCAGUCCAGGGCGAUGAACAAGGCCUGACUGGUUCAACUGGGGACGGAUCCCUAGAUUCAUUCUCGUCGAUUGGAUAUCCAUCAAUUAACUACGAGUCGAUCAACUCGGCUGACAUAGUGUUUGGAGACCAAGAGCUCGGGUUUCCAUUAGAUCUCUUUAAUCUCUAG